AAUUAGCUCAUCCUUCUUCCUUGUCAAACGACAAACCUUAAUCUUCCUCUCGUCUCUCUCCAUACCAAAAGAUCAAUCACGCAAGCCACACAACAAACCACAAUCAAUCAACCCCAUGAUAAGAGGAGUCUCAGCAACAAGAAGAGAAGCCAGGUGUUAUUGGGUAUGUGUUGAAGGCACGUCAUAAAAGGAGGCGAGGGACAAGACGAUGGGGAAGGCUAAGAAGCUUGGAGAGGCAAACAGAUAUGCAAUUGUAGGGUCAAGCGGUCAAGCCUUGUCGUCGAUUGCUUCGUUGAGGUGCCUGAUUCCCCACUAAGAUAUGCAAUGAAAUGGCUUUCUUGGCCUGCAAGUUCAGCCUGUCGACGGUGCCUGAUUCCCCACUAAGUUGGAAUAAGAAUAUUAAGGAACAAGUGCUCAAGGGCAAUGCAAGGAAAGCAAUUCUAACUUAUACAAACAUGCAGGAACUUGGUUGCAGAGCUGAUAACUAUACAUUUCCCAUUCUACUUAAAGCGGCAGGAGACCUUUCUGGGUCUUGCAUUGGGUUCCCACUCCACGGACAGACAAUAAAAACUGGCUUCUGUAACCAUGUUUUUGUCCAAACUGCCUUGCUUAACAUGUAUUCCUCUCUAGGAUUCGUUGGUGAUGCUUGUAAAGUGUUUGAUAAUAUGCCUGUGAAAGAUGUGGUUGCUUGGAAUUCCAUGUUAGAUGCAUAUGUGUCUAGUGGCCAGAUGGGUACUGCAGUGGAGCUUUUUGAUUCCAUGCCUUUAAAGGACCUCACAUCUUUCAAUAUCAUGGUCUCUGGGUAUGCAAGUAUGGGAAGAACAGCAUCUGCUAGAAUUAUCUUUGAUAAGAUUCCUGUGAAAGAUGCUGUCUCGUGGAACUCUAUGAUACUGGCGUAUACCAAUGCUGGAGAUAUGGUUGAAGCACAUAGAUUAUUCAAGGGGAUGCCAGCAAAAAAUGUUAUAACAUGGAACACAAUGGUGAGAGGCUACAUACGCAAUCAACUUUACGCUGAGGCUGUUGAUCUUUUUGAUGAAAUGCAGGCUGGAAAUGUAAAGCCUGAUUUUGUAACGAUGGUUGCUGUUUUAUCUGGCUGUGCUUAUCUGGGUUCUCUUGAAAGAGGCACUAAAAUACACAUUUAUGCUAAAGAUCACUGCCUUGAGUACGCAAGCCUUCAUGUCACAACAGCAUUGAUAGUCAUGUAUGCCAAGUGUGGAAGCAUACUGAACGCCUUACAGGUAUUCUUUAAAUCCCAAGUUAAGGAUAUUUACUGCUGGAAUGCCAUAAUCUCUGGACUCGCUCUCCAUGGCUAUGGCUAUGCUGCUCUCAAACUAUUUGACAAGAUGAGAGAGAGCUGCAUAAGGCCUGAUGACAUUACCUUCAUUGGCCUACUUAGUGCUUGCAGCCAUGCAGGAUUGGUGGAAGACGGAUGCCGAUUAUUUGAUUGCAUCGAAAAGGACUUUGGGAUCACUCCCAAGAUAGAGCACUAUGGCUGCAUGGUUGAUCUGCUCAGCAGAGCCAAGCUUCUUGACCGUGCAUUUCAGCUCAUCCAAGCCAUGCCAUAUGAACCGGGGGAGUCUAUCUUGGGUGCUUUGCUUAGUGCCUGUGUCACUCAUCGAGACCUUGACACGGGGGAGAAAGUAAUGAAGCUCUAUUUUGGCAGGGCUUGUCAGUUUAGUGAUGGGGAGUUUAUGAUGUUUGCUAACUUGUAUGCAUCAUGUGGUAAAUGGGAGGAAGCAAAGAGAUGGAGAGACAAGAUGAAUGGCUCGAGCAUUGCUAAGACUGCUGGAUGCAGUAUGAUCGAAGUUAACGGAAGGUUUCAUAAGUUUUUGGCCGGGGAAAAUGGCAUUGACUAAUAGUCUAUUUAGGUUUGUGAUUUCAAAACGUAGGAUUAAAAAAUAGCGAUUUGAAAACGUGAAUUUUUAAAACACAGUUAAGCGUUAAGUAAAAUCGUAAUUUUUUAGCUUUUAAAAUUAUACAUUUUUAAAACGAUUUUACGUUUUCAAAUCACAAUUUUUUAAAAAGCGCAUUUCCAAACGAUAUAUAAGACUUUGAGCAAAGAGAUGUGCUUUAGCAGCUUCUGAAUGUAGUUAGAGUUGAGUACAUAUAUUUUUUGUAAUUUGAAUUGAUUUAAAUUAAUAUUGUAUCGCUCCCUUCACGUGCGAGACCAGACAAUACAAAAACUAUUUUGACUGAAA